ACCAGAGCAGUUUUAAUUAGAAGAUAAGUACAUUAAAUAGAAGAAAAUAUAUAGGAGAUAACAUUAAUGGCCAAGUCUUCCAACGCUACAGCUGUGAUUAUUUCCUUGGUCUUGAUGCUCUCUCUUUUCCUCAUCACCUUCUCCCCGGUGGCUGAAGGUCGAUUUAUUGGCGUUGGGAUGGUGAAAGAGGAGGAGGAGGCAGCGGGCAUUCUUUGUGAUCUUGUGCAUGGUGUAGAAAGUGGAGAGACAUGCUCUGGGGUUGUUGAGAAGUUCAAGUUGAAUGCUGAGACCUUCACUUUGAUCAACCCUAACCUCAACUGCGAUGCACUCUUCGUUGGUCAAUGGGUCUGCAUUGACGGGGCUCCAAACUAGCUAACCAAUAAUGCCUUUACGGCGCCGUUUCUAUUCUUUAGUCGUCAUUAUGUAUUUGGCAUUAAUUAAUAAUACCAUGAAAUUAAGGAGAGGAAAGAAUUGAUGUUUUUUCUGCAUUCCUUUUUAACAAUUGGCCAUACUGAGCCAUUGUUGCUCUUGUUGAAAUCAUGAAAUAAAUUUUCUCCUUCACUAUA